ACACCACGACGCUGUGGUGUAAAAAGUUGGGGGGGUCUGGUUGCCGUGGCUUUUCGCGGUACCAACUGACCACGUGGUGCUCGAGAUUGGAGAAUUUGACUCGCAAGGGCCGCGUUCGACGCUUUUUCUCGGAAAAAGGCAUGAAAACAAACAAACAAACACAAAGAAGUUCCCCAAACCAAACCCUCCUUUCGGCCAAUCCCGAGUGCCCGGUCUUUCUGUGUCCUCCUGCUCGAGUUUCAACCUCCUCCUCGUCUCUCUCUCUCGCAUCUUCCAAUCCCCACUUUGAUUCUAUCUGACUUUGACAUGUUGCCGUCCUCUCAUCCAGAGUCCACUUCUAUGUGCCCAUCGCGUCUGGAUUGCUAUGAAAUCUAGGGUUUUUUUUUUUGGGAAGCCAGCUCGAGUCCUUGCUUAAACGAGCUACAUAUCCUUCCAAUUCGGCCAUGGAACGAACGCAUAUAUCGCAGCAACAAACUUCGGGUCACUACAGGCCUUGUCUUCAGGAUGGAAGAGUGGAGCAGGGAGGCUUUGACGACUCAGUGCCGACCGCGGACCAAAUGAGCGUCGACCAACGCGAGGCUAUGAGGGAUAUGGAUGAUUCGCAGCUCGUCGGAGCUCCGGAGGUUGGUGUCGUGGCCAAAGAGAACGUGUCCGUGGCGGAGGUGGAGAUGUUGAUGAUGAUGAAGAAAAAGAUGGAGGUGAAUCCGGUGGAGACUAUGGUGGCGAAGAGAAAGCGGGGGCGACCGCCCGGGGGUCUGACUAAGACGAACAAAACCGCGCCGCCGGUAAGGAAGAAGAAGGACGAAGAGGAUGUGUGUUUCAUAUGCUUCGAUGGUGGGAGCCUCGUGCUCUGUGAUCGCCGGGGCUGCCCUAAAGCAUAUCAUCCUGCCUGCAUUAAGCGAGACGAGUCGUUCUUCAAAUCAAGGGCUAAGUGGAAUUGUGGUUGGCAUAUAUGCAGCAAUUGUCAGAAGGCUGCACAUUAUAUGUGCUAUACUUGUACAUAUUCUUUGUGCAAGGGUUGUAUCAAAGAUGCUGAUUAUCUGAGCGUAAGAGGAAAUAAUGGAUUUUGUCGGAUGUGCAUGAGAACUGUGAUGCUGAUUGAGAAUUUUCAAGGAAAUACAGAAGUGCCUCAAGUAGAUUUUGAUGACAAAAGUAGUUGGGAGUAUCUCUUCAAGAUGUAUUGGAUAUUUUUGAAGGGAAAACUAUCUUUAACUUUGGAUGAGCUCACUCAGGCUAAAAGUCCAUGGAAGGAAGCUUAUGCUAUAGCUCAAAAGGGGGAAUCUUCAGGCAAACUUUAUGACAGCAUUGAUGACAAAGUUUCUAGUUUUAACAAUUCUUGUGCAGCCCUGCAAACAAAUAUUUCCAGAAAAAGAAAAGCUAAGGAGCUGCCUAUUUUUAAUAAGGACUCUGCAACUAAGGAGAAAUCAGGUAGCGACCAAGAUCCGCAUCUGCCUGAAGGCACAAUAUGGGCGUCAAAGGAGCUCUUGGAAUUUGUUGCACAUAUGAAAAACGGUGACACAUCUGUGCUAUCUCAGUUUGAUGUCCAGGCUCUUUUGCUAGAAUAUAUAAGGAAAAAUAAUCUCCGUGAUUCUCGCCGGAAAUGCCAAAUAGUUUGUGAUUUGAGGCUUAUAAGUCUGUUUGGGAAAACACGUGUUGGUCACUUAGAAAUGCUAAAGCUUCUUGAAUCUCACUUUCUUAUUAAAAAAACCUCCUCAGCAGAUUAUAUUUCAAGGGCAGGAGUUGUCAAUGAUACUGCUAGAUGGGUGGAGGCUGAUGGGAACUGUGAUAACCAACUUCCAAUGGAAAGUGACGAGAGGCAUAAAACAUGUAGAAAAACUGAUGAUAGGGGAUCACGGGCUAAUUCAGAUGUUUUUGCAGCGAUUGAUGUUCACAACAUUAACUUGAUUUACUUACGCCGUAAUUUGAUGGAGGGUCUUAUGGAUGAUGUCGACAAAUUUCAUGACAAAGUUGUUGGCUCAAUUGUGCGAAUAAGAAUUCCCGGCAACGAUCAAAAACAAGAAACAUAUAGGCUUGUUCAAGUUGCAGGUACAAACAAGGUUGCCAAACCAUAUAAACUUGGACAAAGAAAUACUGAUCUCAUGCUCGAAAUCUUGAAUUUAGACAAGAAAGAAGUCAUAUCAAUUGAUGAAGUUUCAAAUCAGGAGUUCUCUGAGGAUGAAUGCAAGCAUUUACGCCGGAGUAUGAAAUGUGGGCUCAUCAAAUGGUUGACUGUGGGUGAGAUCCAGGCAAAAGCAAUGACACUUCAACCAGUGAGAGUAAAUGAUGGGCUGGAAGCUGAGAUAAUAGGACUUAAUCAUCUACGUGAUCGGGCAAGUGAAAAGGGACAUGAGAAGGAAUUUAGAGAAUGCAUGGAGAGAAUACAGCUUCUGAGCUCACCUGAGGAACGCCAGCGCAGACUGCUUGAGAUCAUUGAAGUACACAUUGAUCCUAAGAUGGAUCCAAGUUAUGAGUCUGAGGACAACGUGGGAGAAUUAGAUGAGAAGAAACAAGGGAUAAUGGUGCAUGCAGAUGAUUAUGUGAGAACAGAACUUUCUGGAUAUGGAAGAAAGGAGAGUGAUCCUAUCUCAACUCAAAGAGGAGAUUAUGUCUUGAAUGAUACUGAAAGCAGGGAACAGAAAAAUUUAGCCAAGUCUUGCAAACAAAGUAGAGGAGCUGGAAUGACAAGCAGUUCCAAUAAAGGUGGUGCUACUUGGCUUCAUGAGAUGAUGAAUGAAUCUUCUUGGAAGGAAACAGAAGCAUCUGGCAUAAAUAAUUGGGAUACACCAGCAAACCCGAUCAAUACUUCUGGUUCAUUGGCCAUUGGUUGUAACAGUCAAGCAGUGUUGAAAUCUGAAAUUUCUGGGGUUGCAUCAGAAAUUUCACCACUGGCUCUUUCUACAGGGGCAGACGAAUUUGCUAACAAUUUUGAGACUGACAAAGUUUGGCACUACCGUGACCCAAAUGGAAUAAUUCAAGGACCAUUUUUUAUUUCACAACUGCACAAACGGAAUACAAAUGGGCACUUCCCUCCUGAUCUCAGAAUAUGGAGGAUAAAUGAAACGCAAGAUAAAUCUGUACUUUUGACUGAAGCAUCAAGUGGGAAAUUCCAUGAAGCAAAGAUGGUGCUGAAUAAUAGUAAUUUACUCUCCAAAGAUGUUGGAGUUGCCACUGAUAAUAGGGAUCAUAAUGGUGAUGUUGGAUUGAGCGGGAGUAUGAAUGCCUCUCAGAUAGACAAUAAAGAAGAGGAGGGAAGUUGGAAGCCAAUGCAGGAUGACUCAAGUGGUAAUAAUGAAUUUUUGAGGAGCAAUGGAUGGGUCUCUAGUUCAUGUAGUUGGACCACACCUGCUGAUGUCUCCAAUUCCAAUGAACAAAAAAAUGGUGCUUUUGAAUCAGGCUGGGACUCAUCUAAGGGUAAUAGUUCUUGUCCUGACCAGCCCCAAGCGUGUAGUAGUUCACUAGUCCCACCUGCAUUUUCUGGGAAGUCGUUUGAAUCUGUAUCAUGUCCAGUGAGAGAAGUUUAUGGAGGCGAAUGUACUUCUGUUCAGGAGAAUGGUAAUUGCAAUUCACACAGCACUGCUGACGAUCAGAUUAAAAAUGAACAAGGUUGUGAGAACCGAUCUGACAGUGAGGGCCAUUCUGGUCAAUCUUCAGGGCAGAGCUGGAGGCCUCCACCUGUAAAUGUUUCAUCAAACGACUGGGUUUCCAGUUCUGAUUUUAUUUCUCUAGUUAAGUCACUUGAAACAACAGAGCAAACUCAGGAAAUUGAUUUUCGAGAUCUGCCGACUCCCACUAUAAAGCAAAACAAUGAAGACUUGGAAGUUCAGGCUGCCAAAAACAAACAACCUGCUUCUUCAGGUGUUCCUGUUCAGGAUGCAGGCCCCAGCAGGAGCACUGCCUCUAGUUUAGUGGGUGGUGGGGCACAAAUUUCUGAAGUAGCUGAUGGAAUGGGUGCUUAUUCCCCAACUCCUUCCAAACCUUCCAUUGGGGAAUGGGGCUCCAGUCUUCUUUCUGCAUCAUCUCUGAUACGAACUGAAAUUGAUCAUGCUGCUACCCCGAGUCCAAUCAGUGACCAACUGGCACAUUCUUCCCCAUCUCAUCCAACAUCUAAUGCAUCUAGUUGGCCGGCAAUUGUUACUGAACCCACUGAGUUUUGCUCUUUGGCUGAUGAAUCUGUUACUGAACCCACUGAGUUUUGCUCUUUAGCUGAUGAAUCUGUUUCAGAUCUGUUGGCUCAAGUUGAGGCAAUGGAGUCUCUUGAUGGCUUGCCUUCGCCUACUUCAAUUAUGAAAUGUCGAGAGGUAUUGACACAGGAUUCGAAACAUGAUUCUAGCAGUCCUCUAAAUGCGUUUAGCCCAGGACUUGAUCCCGGGAAAAGUGAUGCUUUAAGCUCCACAGGUGAUUUACAAGCACCUUCCCAGUCCACGGUGACUGAUGAACCAGAUGGCGUACGUCACGCUGAUGUUCUUGAUCCUCCAAAGAGAUCAAACAGGCAUUCCUCCACAAUUGUUGAAGUUGAAGGAGAUGCAAAGCGCACUGAUAUUUCAGUCAACCAAUGGGGAUCUCGUUCUGAAAUCCAACCUCCGCCGCCGUCUACUGAAAGUUGGCAUAUAUCUGCUACGGAUACGACUUGGAGAGUGGGAUCAGAAAGUACAGCAAACAGUUGGCGACUGGCACAGGGAAGUCCAAACCUGGGCUGGGGAGGAUCAAAUCAAAGCAAUACAAAUGUGGGUUCGGGACCUGUUCAAAUGGCAGCACAGAACAGUAUAGGCGUGAAUUUUGGUGCUUCUGCCGGGAAUCCUGGUUUCUACAGACCAAGAAUUGGGGGUGACAGAUUCUCUGGACCUAGAGAUAGGGGUUUUCAGAGCAGGGAUUUAGGAUAUGGUAGGGGUAGGGGUAUGUGGAACAGGCAGCCCUUCUAUGGUGGUGGAAAUGAAAGUUCUUUCAGGCCUCCCAAAAGUCAUAGAGUUUGUAAAUAUCACGAAAGUGGCUAUUGCAAAAAGGGAGCGUCGUGUGGUUUUUUGCACCCAUGAAAUUGUGGGUACUAUGCGAUUAGGCACAUUUAAUUCUGUAAUCAUUUAUUCAUAUUAGGGAGUCUGUACUUGCCAAUGUUGUAAGUUCAACCUGUAGAAGUAUCGGUCAAGGGCUCUCAAGUAGCAUACAAAUGUUUUUUAUUUUUGAUGAAUAUCGGGGCAGUUCUAGAACUGAAAGUUUUGGUGGGCAGCAUCUAGUGAGUAGUAAUUACAUUUGUUUGAUGCACGUGUCAUCUUAAAUGCUACACUAUAAUUUACCCA